GACGCCGAGGACGGCUGCGGCGAGUUCCCGAGCCCCUCUUCGGAUCUGCGCGCCGCGCACCAGCCGCCCAGCUCCCUUCGCCGCGAGCAGAUGGCCGCCGCCGCCAAGCUCAGGCCGCUGCUGCUGCGGCUCAACAUCCGGGCGGCCGAGGCGCGCGAGGACGACGUAGAAAUCGCCGUGGCUGGCGCCACCGGGAGGACGGCCGGCGGCGGCGACUGGACAG